UUCAACAAUUUUUGAAUAAACAGAAGCGGGAAAAAUAAUAUUCAUCCAUUUCACUUUCUCGCACAUCAAUUUUCAAAAAUAUCUUUCUCUCUCUAAAAAUUUCCGCGUAAGAGAUUCAGUUCUACAUUCGUACAUAUUCUAAUUUUUUUCCUUCUUCAUCAAUUUUUUUCUGGCUUCUGCUACUCCAUUCAGAUUAAAAAAUGGGAGUGGAAAACUAUCAUGUCAUAGAGUUAGUAGGUGAAGGCUCCUUUGGCAAAGUGUAUAAAGGAAGGCGCAAAUUCACUGGCCAGACCGUUGCGAUGAAAUUUAUCAUGAAGCAUGGCAAAAGUGAGAAGGAUAUACAGAAUUUGCGACAAGAAAUUGAUAUUUUAAGAAAGUUGAAGCACGAAAACAUUAUUCAAAUGCUUGAUUCGUUUGAAAGUCCUCAAGAAUUCUGUGUUGUCACGGAGUUUGCUCAGGGUGAAUUAUUUGAGAUACUUGAGGAUGAUAAGAGUCUUCCCGAAGAACAGGUUCAAGCAAUUGCAAAGCAGCUGGUAACAGCUCUACAUUAUUUGCAUUCUAACCGUAUAAUACAUCGAGACAUGAAACCACAGAACAUUCUUAUUGGUGCCGGUUCUAUUGUUAAGCUAUGCGAUUUUGGAUUCGCACGUGCCAUGUCUGCAAAUACUGUGGUUUUAAGAUCUAUUAAAGGGACUCCUUUGUACAUGGCACCGGAAUUGGUACGGGAGCAACCGUACAACCACACUGCUGAUUUAUGGUCCCUAGGAGUCAUAUUGUACGAAUUGUUUGUUGGCCAGCCUCCUUUCUAUACAAAUUCAGUUUAUGCUCUCAUCCGACACAUUGUUAAGGAUCCUGUAAAAUACCCUGAUGACAUGAGUCCAAACUUCAAAAGCUUUCUGAAGGGCUUGCUCAACAAGGUACCACAAAAUCGAUUGACUUGGCCUGCACUCCUUGAACACCCAUUUAUUAAAGAAACUUUUGAGGAAAUGGAAGCGAGGGAAAUGCGUGCUGCGACUAUUGCAGCCAGGGGAUGUGAUGCAGCAUGGAGGGGUGAAGCAAAUAACAUACAGGCACCGAGUGGUUUGGUUGAUUCCAGCCCUGAGGGUAAAAGCAAUCCUGUUUCUGCUCCUGACAACUGUAAUACUCCAAAGCUUCAUAGUGAUUCUAAACUAUACAGUCCUAAUGCAGCUACAGGAAAUCCUUCACCAUGUGAGGAUUUUCCUGGAUUUACAAGUCCUAGUGAUGUUAAGCAGUCAGGUUGCCAGGCAUUAGACAGAUUUGAAAACAACUCUCGCACAGUUAAAGGUGCACAAAUAAUUGGUCAAGAUAAUGAAGCAUUAACUCUUAUUUUACUACCGUUGAAAAGAUUGUCAAAAGAAUCCCAGCAUUCUUGCAGGGAUCAAGACGUUUCCACUUUAAAUCAGGCUCUGAGAAUUCUUUCAAACUUAGCUGCAGCUAGUGCCAUUCAGUCUAGCGGGUUACUUGAUGACAUUUUAAGUGAACUUCUGGACUUUGCUGCUUUAAUAAUCAGCUUGAAAGCCUUGGAACUUAAUGAUUUGACUGCAAAGAGUUUUGCCAUUAUGAAGCUAUUAUUAGAUAAGAAAGGUGGCAUUGGAGCUGCAUAUUUCACACACUGGGUUGCCUUACUUGAAAUCUUUGUACAGGUUAUUAAUUCCAACGAGGACAAUUCUGGAAGAAUUUUGUAUGAGGCCACUGGAUGCGUCGUAGUUGUGUUAUCGACAGUUGCUCAGAACCUGAAAGCAAAUUCAGGCUCUGAAGCAGUUUCAAAUGAAACUAUGAAGAAAAUUUUGGAUCAUGCUAAGACAUGUGGAUUAGUUGAACAUUUGUGCUUUUGCUUAGCAACAUGUGGAUCAAGUCUAAUUUCAGGCUCUUCAAAUAUUUUGCGUGCUGCUUGCGAAGCAUGUAGAGCUAUUUGGUCACUGAUAGAUGCAGCAGAAACUCUUUUCAAUAAAGGAACUGUAUCUUUAUUUCCAUUAAAUUCACUUCGGAAUCUCUCUUUAAUGAGACUUGACAUCCGCAACCAGGAACAAGGUUCUCUGAUCGGGCCAGAUUCAACAAGACUCGUUGAUGCUGUGACAAGGGCAUUCCUUAAAUCAAAAGCUGUGCAAGUGGCUGUUUAUUAUUGCCUUCGUCAACAUCUAGAGGCUGUUCUUGCUGCUAGUAUUCAGAUUCUGUCAAGGUGCUGUCUGCAUAAUGCAAUUGUUCCCGUUAUUCUGUGUGGUUUGCCUAGCUCUCUUCCUGUUACGACUGUUGUUAGUGGUGGAGGCGAUGGAACAAUUGUUUCCGAGAUCUUUUCCGUUUUAUCCUUAUGUGCUUCAUCUCCUAACAAAGAUCAUCAAAUGGGUGACGCAACUAAUUUCAAGAGUAAACUAGUGAAUCCUUCUGCUCUGAUCUUGCACGCAUGCCUAAUCCUUGCUACAGUUGCUCAAUGUUUAAAGUCAACUGGAAGAAGAUCUGCGCUAUUUAUGCUCACUACCUCUCCGAAGAAGCAACUAUCCCGGCUUUCUAUUCUUGCCCAUCAGUUUUCUCAAGAUGACAGAACAAAAAGUUCGUUGCAGCCCCAUUGUGCAUCUGCCAUGCUGGCUCUUGCUUCCAUUUUAUCCCUUGAAUGUGGAGCUUCUGUCGAGUCGUCUAUCUCUGAAAUAGCACUACCUUUGAUUCCUCGUACUGGUACAAUAUGUGAACACCUCAAGAUUUCAAUCGGAAAUGAAAUUGAAACAGGCCCUAGUAAUGCAGAUGGUAUUAUAUCAUGCUGGCAUGGCCUUAGGGACGGAUGUGUUGGCUUGCUAGAAUCAAGAUUGAAAUGGGGUGGGCCAUUAGCUGUGCAACAGUUAUGUGCAAGCGGCAUCCCUCUGCUUCUUAUUGAGUUGCUAACCAACAGCCAUCUGACAACUUCUCCUCAAGGAAUGGACAACACAAUGGAUCGCAUGGGAUUAUCGCCUCUUGGGGUUAUUUGGACAAUAUCCUCAAUAUGCUACUGCGUUCCAGGUGGAACCUCAAUAUUUCGCCAAAUUUUAGUCAGGAUUGAACACAUUAAGCUCAUUUCCGAAUUGAUAUCUGAUGUUCACCUCAAGCUUGUCAAGCACUGGGGUGGGCCAGGUGGAGGAAAGGAUGGCGUCAGAGAUUUAAUAAAUUCAGUAAUUGAUCUUUUGGCGUUUCCUUUUGUUGCUGUACAGAGUGCUCCUGGUUUGCCAUCUGCUUCUGCAUCUGUUAACAGUGGGUUCCUUCUGAACGUGGCUUCACCUGGUGGGAGAAUAGCCAUGGAAGACAAGGAUAUGGUUAAAGCAAUCGAGGAAGAUAUGGGAAAGUAUCUUAAAAUCCUUUUGGAGGUGGGAGUGCCUGGCAUCAUUCUUCGAUGCUUGGAAUACUUGGAGUUAAGAGAUCUGGGAAGGCCUGUUGCAUUUCUGGCUAAAAUGGUAGGACACCGACCUCUUGCUGUUCACCUUGUGGGCAAAGGGUUGUUGGAACGAAACCGAGUAAGAAGAUUGCUCGAUACCUCUAGUCCUAGAGAGGUCAUGCUAGAUGUUCUGAUGAUCGUAUCUGACCUAGCUCGCAUGGACAAGGGUUUCUAUGACAACAUUAAUGGGACUCCUAUACUGGAAUUCUUGAAGGAGUUUCUUGUACAUGAUGAUCCUAAUAUACGUGCGAAGGCUUGCAGUGCUCUAGGCAACAUGUGUCGCCACAGCUCUUACUUUUAUAGCUCACUUGCAAGACAUCAGAUAAUAGGUCUUCUCAUUGAUCGAUGUGCUGAUCCAGAUAAACGCACCCGCAAAUUUGCAUGUUUCGCUAUUGGAAACGCUGCCUACCAUAAUGAUAUGUUGUAUGAAGAGCUGAGACGAUCCAUACCUCAACUAGCAAAAUUGUUACUCUCAACUGAAGAAGAUAAGACGAAAGCAAAUGCUGCUGGUGCAUUAAGCAAUCUUGUACGAAAUUCCAACAGACUUUGUGAAGACAUUGUCUCUAAAGGAGCCUUGCAGGCUUUACUAAAGCUGGUUGCCGAUUGUUCAGCAAUAGCUCUGAAUCCUAGCAGGAGAGAUGGCGUAAAUGAAUCGCCCUUAAAGAUAGCCCUUUUCUCACUGGCAAAGUUAUGUGCACAUGCACCCUGCAGACAAUUUGUCCGUUCAUCAGAGUUGUUUCCGGUCAUUGGACGACUCCGGCAGUCUCCAGAGUCGACAAUUGCCAAUUAUGCAUCGGUUAUAAUCAGUAAAGUUGCUGACGCUUGAAGCAGCAGAAAGGGAUUAGCAGAGAUAUAUUAUGUGAAUCAUUUUAGCUUAGUUUCCACUGAGCAGGUGAUGGAGAUUAUUACUUGUAAUCGUUCAGUGAUUUGGCAUAAAUAGCUGAGAUCAGUCGGAAAUCAAAGGUAAAGCUUACAAAUGAAAAAAUUGCAAUCCAGUGAACGUUGUAAGCCAUGUUCGGUAAUAUUCUGUAAAUGCAUUCAAAUCUCUUGUUAAUAAAUGUUAUUUAUUUA